ACAGGCGUUCGGCGGAAAGGCUCCGGGACCUGUGUUGUAUGAACAGAGGCACCUUCAUUAAAGUAGGUGCAGCACCUGGGAGCCCUGGACUACCUCCUGCCUGAGGAGUACACCAGCACACUGACUGAAGAUCCUGCACAGCAGAGCGCCUCAGAGCAGUAUGGAGGAGAUCAGGCAGGUCAUACGAGAAGACCUGAGAAAAGAGCUCAGCGAUCUUUUCAUCCAGUUUGACGAGAAACCUCACGGGGCCGCCUCCCUCGCUCAGGUCCACAAAGCAGUACUUCCAGAUGGGAGGACGGUGGCAGUGAAAGUACAGCAUCCCAAGGUCCAGCAGCAAAGCUCCAAGGACAUUGUUGUGAUGGAGUUUCUCCUUCAGGUUGUCCACUGGUUGUUUCCGGACUUUGCUUUUAUGUGGCUGGUGGAAGAGGCCAAGAAGAACCUGCCUCUGGAGCUGGACUUUCUCAAUGAGGGCCGAAACGCUGAGAAAAUAGCAGACAUGCUCAGGAAGUUCAACUUUUUGAAGAUCCCAAAGAUUCACUGGGAUCUUUCUACCAAGCGCAUUCUAACCAUGGACUUUGCAGAGGGUGGUCAGGUCAAUGACCGGGAGUACAUGAGGAAACACGGCAUCAAUGUCAAUGAGAUCUCCCAGAACCUUGGCAAGAUAUACAGUGAGAUGAUAUUCGUCAACGGAUUUGUGCACUGCGAUCCUCACCCCGGCAACGUGCUGGUGCGAAAGUGUCCUGAAAGCAAUAAGACGGAAAUUGUGUUACUCGAUCACGGCCUGUAUCAGGUGCUGAACCAGGACUUCAGGCUGGACUACUGCAGGCUGUGGCAGAGUUUGAUAAAGGGAGACUUGAAAGGCAUAGAGCGUUACAGUAAGCGUCUGGGCACAGGGGAUCUCUACCCUCUGUUCGCUUGUGUCCUCACCGCCCGCUCAUGGACAUCAGUUAAUGCUGGCAUCAGCCAGACGCCUGUCACUCAAUCUGAGGAUGUGGAGAUCCGAACAAAUGCAGCGCUGUACCUCCCUCAGAUCAGUGAGCUGCUGAACAGGGUUCCCCGACAGAUGCUGCUGCUUCUGAAAACCAACGACCUGCUGAGAGGCAUCGAGACCAUCCUGCAGACCAGAGCCAGUUCCAGCUCCUUUAUCAAUAUGUCCCGCUGCUGUACCCGUGCCAUUGCCAGGCACAAGAGGAAUAAAAGCAAGUCUCGGAGCAGGCGGCUGCGGAUCUCGCUGUCUGAGUGUUGGUCUCUGUGCCAGAUAGACCUGUAUGAACUGGUGUUGUGGCUCCGCAGCUCCACGCUGGUCAGAUGGGUCUGCUACCUCUUCAGCUGCCUGCCGUGUCCAAACUGAGAGGCUUGAACCACGCCAUAACGCCCUCUGCAUUGAACUCCGCACUCUGCCAAGUGCAUUAUGGGUUGAUCAUGGACCGUUUUUAAUGAAUGCUGGAAGUAAAGCAAACAAAUGAAAGUAAAAUCAUCGUUUUUUAACUAUUAAAAGAAAAGGUCACUGAAAAGCCACUGAUCACAUGAUUAACCAGUCAUGUUAGUGCAGUAUGUGUUAGAGCAAAUGCUCCGUGCAUGAUUAUUCUUCUUCAUAGUAUCUAACUGAUGUUUUUCACAGUAGUGUUAGUUUGGAUUAUGCAA